CCUUUCACUACAUCGUCAUAAUGCUGCUCCGGUGGCACAUCCUGUUCGCGUUCGCGGCCGUCGCGCUGGCCGCUCCGGUCGAGAGACAGAACAACCUCGACCUCCUCGGCCUCAUCUCCAUUGUCGCCAACCCCAUCCUCGCUAUCGUUAAUAGUGGCUUCCGGGUUGUCUCCACCCUCGUCCCGAUCGACGCCACCAUCCGCCCCGCUACCGCAGGCGGCAAGGCCAUCAAGGUCACGGGUGGCCGUGGCAUUGGGUACGACACAUUCAUUGGUAUUCCUUUUGCCGAGCCUCUCGUUGGCGCCAAGCGCUUCGACCGCCCCACCCCCAAGGUCUACACCGGCGACAUCCAGGCGCGCAAGUUCGCUCCGGGAUGCAUGCAGAGCUCGACUCCCCUCGAUGGUGCCGGCGGCCGCUCCGAGGACUGCCUCUACCUUGAUGUCAUGACCCCCAGCAACGUCGUCGGCACCGAGGCCAAGCUUCCCGUCAUGGUGUGGAUUUACGGCGGCGGCUUCUCGGCUGGCGCUAGCUCGCUCUACACGUCCCUUGGCGGCCCGACUUUCAUCAAGCGCGCCACGCGCAUCGGCAAGCCCGUCAUCGUCGUCAACAUCAACUACCGUAUGGGCGUGUGGGGUUUCCCCACUGGCCCCGAACUCGCGGGCUCGGCUAACAACGGUAUCCGUGACCAGAUGCUCGCUCUGCAGUGGGUGCGCGAGAACAUUGCCGCUUUCGGCGGCGACCCGGAGAAGGUUACUGUGUUCGGCGAGAGCGCGGGCGCGAUCAGCGCCGCCAUCCUCAUGCUCCAGGAGAACGACCCCACGUUCCGCGCCGCCAUCAUGCAGAGUGGCUCGCCUAACGUCAUGCCACUGGCGCGCCCGGCCGAGUGGGCUGAGCCGUGGCAGGACUUCCUCCAGGCCGUUGGCUGCUCCGACCUCGCUUGUGUCAAGGGCCUCGAUGCUGAGAAGGUCCUUGAGGGCUCGGUCUCGGUCAACAACAACCCCAAGUACAAGGGUGGCCAGAUCGGCUUCCUCUGGCGGCCGCUCAUCGACGGCGACAUCAUCAAAGACUCGCCGGCCAAGCUGCUCGCCGAGGGCCGCUUUGCGCGCAAGCCCUUUAUCAACGGCCAGAACAAGGACGAGGCGGCGCUCUUCGUCAACUGGGGCGUCAAGGACGAGCCGGGUCUCCGCUCGAUGCUGAAGACUCUCUACCCGCGCCCGGUCGACGAGGCGACGAUUGUCGCCAUGCUCCAGAAGUACCCCAACGUGCCCGAGCUCGGCGCCCCCUUCAACACGGGCUCGCGUACAUUCCUCCUCAACCCAGUGUUCAAGCAGGCCGCCGCUAUCGGCACCGACCUCCUCUUCACCUCGCGCCGCCGCGACAUGCUCCGCAAGGCGAACGCCGCCGGUCUCACCAAGACCUGGGGCUACCACUUCGAGGGCGACAUCCCCAUCGCCCCCGACUUCCUCGGCGCCGGCCACGCCUUCGACCUCGUGUAUAUGUGGGGUAUCGUCAAGCCCUUGAUCCUGUUUUGGAGCUUCAACGACGCCAAGAUGAGCGAGUACAUGAUGGACUACUGGACAACGUUCGCGCACAACCUCGACCCCAACGGGCCCGGCCUGCCGCAGUGGGGCGCUCACACCUACCCCGCCAACAAGAACAUCAUGCAGUUCCGCGCUGGAGAUGUGCGUGUCAUCCAGGACGACUUCCGCGAGGACCGCGUUGCGGUCUUCAACGACCCCGUGCACCGCACGAGCCUCCAGAUCUAAGAUUUUAGUAGUUUGACCAGUUAAAUGGACAUUCUGAAGAAUAUUGAG